AUGCAGCACAAUCCUGAUAGCGAUGACGAUAAUGGAAGCAUCGAAGAUACCGUUGUUAUUGGAAUAGACUUUGGAACAACCGGCCAGAUCAACCUCAUCACCGCUUGGCCGGGUACAGGUAGAGAUGAAGGAAAGGUACCGACUGAGUUACUGUACAAAAAUGGCGAAGUCCUAUGGGGCUACGAGAUCCCUCCGGAUGCAAAGUCCGCCCGUUGGUUCAAGCUACUGCUUCUCAGGGAUGAGGAUCUUUCAGCAGAGCUCCGCAAGUCCGAGUACAUUCAGCACGGCCGCGACAUGCUCUCGGAGAUGGGCAAGUCGGCCAUCGACGUCACAGCUGACUAUCUCCGGAUGUUGUCACAGCACACCCUGGAGACCAUCCGGAAGUCCCGCGGCGAGUCCGUGGUCGAUGCUCUGCGUUUUCAUAUCGUCAUUACCGUUCCGGCUAUCUGGAAGGACUAUGCCAGACAGUCCAUGAAGGAGGCCGUCCAAAAGGCGGGCCUUUUGAAGCCCCGCGCAGCCGGGCCGACUACGUUAGCUUUUUCGCCUGAGCCGGGAGGGCGGGCUGCUCUGGCGACUCUGUGCGAACCCGGAAGAAAAACCGAAAAAGAUGAUGUUUUCAUCAUAUGUGAUGCUGGCGGCGGCACGGUGGACCUCAUCAGUUACAAAAUUGAUAGCACCGGCCCAAUCGCCAUGCACGAAGCAGUAGAGGGGUCAGGCGAUCUCUGUGGAGGGAUUUUCAUUGACGAGGCCUUCGAAAAACUCUGCAAGUCUCGUCUUGGGAACAGGUGGAAUAAUUUGAGCACAGCAGGGAUCAGGGAAAUCAUAACAGGAGAGUGGGAGACCGCUAUAAAGCCGCAAUACAAACCAAAGGCGAGGAAGAGCGAGUACAUCGUUCGAAUUCCGGCUGAGGCUUUUCGUCAUUCCAGCCUCGAUGACCUCAGUAAAGAACCUAUCAUCAAAAACGGAAGGGUUCAUUUCACCGGGAAGCACAUCCAGGGGACAUUCACUGAUUCCUUUUCUCGCAUUGACAGACUUAUUGAUGACCAGGUUGAUAUGGCAACUGGAGCAGGAUUGAACACCACAGGGAUCAUCCUUGUGGGUGGACUUGGCGCUAGUCCCUAUCUCUACAUGCACCUCAAGAAAAAAUACACUGCGGCUGGUAUUGAUGUUCUGCAGUCGACGGGGAUCAACCCUCAGGGUGACCUCAACGGUGUCAAGAUCUAG